GAUCUGAUGACAUUGUUCGGAGGCUGCAGUAACGGGAGAGACAGAGAGAGAGAGAGAGAGAUCAGGGAAGAGGAAUCUCCUCCUUCCCAAGAGUCCUUGUGUCUCUGGAUUACCUUUAGCUGAACGAGCAGACACAAAGGUACACACGAGCAGUACAUGAUCUUCUCUGGAACAAGCUGCCACCCUAACCCCUCACUUCAGUGACCUUCAGCAUCUUCACAGCCUCCCCGACCCGACCCACGAACCUCCCAGCUCUCCUCUCGGUCCUGCCCCGCAGCAAUCCUCAUCAUGGCAGCAGCCAAGCCCAAAGGGCAGAACUCGCUGGCUCUCCACAAGGUGAUCAUGGUUGGGAGCGGCGGUGUGGGAAAGUCUGCUUUAACUCUGCAGUUCAUGUACGAUGAGUUUGUGGAAGACUACGAGCCCACGAAAGCUGACAGCUACAGGAAGAAGGUGGUUCUGGACGGCGAGGAGGUGCAGAUAGAUAUUCUGGACACGGCCGGUCAGGAGGACUAUGCGGCUAUCCGGGAUAACUACUUCCGCAGCGGCGAGGGCUUCCUCUGCGUCUUCUCCAUCACCGAAUUAGAGUCUUUUGCAGCGACUGCUGAUUUCAGAGAGCAGAUUCUGCGGGUGAAGGAAGACGAGAACGUCCCCUUCCUGUUGGUGGGAAAUAAGUCUGAUCUGGAGGACAGGAGACAGGUGAGCGCCGAUGAAGCCAAGGCCAGAGCGGAUCAGUGGGGCGUCUGCUACGUGGAGACGUCUGCUAAAACCCGCGCCAACGUAGACAAGGUUUUCUUUGACCUCAUGAGGGAAAUUCGCGCGAGGAAGAUGGAGGAUAGCAAGGAAAAGAACGGAAAGAAGAAGAGAAAAAGUCUGGCCAAACGAAUCCGUGAAAGAUGUUGCAUUUUAUAGUGUCCGUGAUCAUUUACUCUCCUCCUUGUGCAUAUGUACCUAUGCCAACUAAUCCUCAUCUGCGAUGUUUCCUGGUGUUUGUGUGUCAGAUUAGAUGAAGGCCCGGGACAGUCUGAUAUACAGUCGAUUUCAUAGAUUCAUGUAAUGUUGUCUGAAAGCACAGAACACUAUUGGUCUGUGUGGACUUGCAUAUGUGCAAGAGAUUUGAGAGCUUUUUAGUUUAUUCUAUUCAUGUCAGGUUUGUUUAAAGAGUUCUGAGGCCACCUCACUUGCCCCUUCUUUUAUAAUGGACACAUCAUUACAUCAGUUCUGGGUGAUCCAAGCGCAAAUACACAAAACUAAACACAGGUGAUUAAAAGGUGCCAGAAAUGUUUUGUGAUUCAAUCACGUUGGGGUCAGUAAGAUUUUUUUAAUGUUUUUCAAAAAGAAGUAUCUUCUGCUUACCAAGGCUGCAUUUAUUUGAUCCAAAAUUGUGAAAUAUUAUUACAAUUUCAAAUCAAAUUUUCUAUGUGAAUGUGUGUUAAACUGUAAUUUAUUUCUGUGAUGCGCAGCUGUAUUUUCAGCAUCAUUACUGCAGUCUUCAGUGUCACAUGAUCUUCAGAAAUCAUUCUAAUAUGCUGAUUUGCUGCUGAGAAACAUUUAUUAUUAUUAUCAAUGUUGAAAAUCGUUGUGCUGUGGAAAAUUUUGUGAAAAUCGUCAUACAUUUAAUUUUUCGGGAAUCACAGAUGAAUAGAAAGUUGAAAAGAAAAGCAUUUAUUUAAUGCAUCCUUCAUGAAUAAAAGUACUGAUUUCCUAAAAACAUAAAAAUCUUACUGAAACGAGGGUUUUACAUUUAUGUUUGGAUCACCUGAAAACAAUGUUAAACCGGUGUAAAGAAGUCUUUAGCAGGGUCUCUAGCCUUAAAGCUGAAACGAGCGUGUGAUUUAUUACUUUAAUGUUGAAUGACUCAAUUUACUUAAAUGACAUAACACGUUAUUGACUUGAGGGGUCUUUAAAAACUGAAAACACACGAGCGGAGCUAAUUAGCAGGCUUUCGAGAAGAAAAAAAAAAAAAGACAAGCUUUAUGGGAAAAUGAUGCACUGUUAAAAAAUAAAAUAAAAUAAACGUCAAUUUAUUUGUUGGUUUGUGGCUAAGCAAAUAAUUGUUAUGCAUAAAAAACUGCAGUACACUAACAAGCGAUGAGAUUUGUGUCACAUCAGUAACCAGUUACGGUUUGUUUUUUUCAAUUCCUUAAUAUUCCCAGCAACUUGUCAGAAGCAGUGGGCAAACAGGAAGUUCCUCUGGCUGCAGCGGUUUAGUGUGCUUGACUUCCUGAUGCCUUGAUGUCCAUUGUGAAAGUGACACUCACCCAUACAUACUGAGUCCAGUUCCUUUAGUGUCUGACCACUUCAGAAUCAGAGAGGCAGCUAGAAGAACGGGACAGAGGCUCUCGAUGGACGUCAGCGGCAUGAUUAAGAGAUUUGCAUCCUUGCUAUUGGACGAUGACCAGUAUGAUGACAAUCUUAUGCUUUUCAUAUGUGAUGUGAAAAUCCAAAACGUAUGGAUUUGGACGGCUUGUGCACUCCUGCCCCACGGUUCCAGUCUUAAGCAUUUUAAUGUAUAUCAAUCCAGUGACUGUUUUGUUUUUCAUCCUGCUUUUCUGUUUUUUUAUAUAUGUAUUGUUAAUGUGAAAGCUUAUUUCAGCCAUUUCAAAAAAAUAAAUUUUUCUAAUUUAAA